CCGGUAGGAAGUUUGGAGCAGUCAGUCGUAGCACCUGGUAACGACAUGAAGGGAGGAGCUGCUGUCCUCACACACACAACAGCCCGGAGACUGACUAUAGAAUUUACUGACUGACUUGAGUCCAACUGUGAAAUCACCCCCCCAUUUCUUUUCCAUCAUGAUCUCAACAAGUGAUUUGGAGCAGUUGGCAGAAAUAGAGCUGCAGAAAGAUGAAGAGGAGCAGGGGAAUUCUCCAGCGUACCCUGUAGCGCCAUCCAGUGGCAAUGCCUGUGAAGACAAGAGCCAUCCCUACUACGAUGUUGCCAGACAUGGCAUCCUCCAAGUUACAGGUGAUGAUAAAUAUGGCAGAAAGCUGAUUAUUUUCAGCAGCUGCUGCAUGCCUCCAUCACAUCAGCUCAAUCACCACAGACUGCUGGAGUAUCUCAAGUACACUUUGGACCAGUAUGUGGAAAGUGAUUACACAGUGGUCUACUUCCACUACGGCCUGCGCAGCAUCAACAAGCCCUCUCUACGCUGGCUCCGAGACGCCUACAGGGAGUUCGACAGAAAAUAUAAGAAGAAUCUCAAAACCCUCUACGUGGUCCAUCCAACAAACUUUAUUAAAGUCAUAUGGAACAUAUUCAAACCUGUAAUAAGCCACAAGUUUGGCAAGAAGUUAACGUACGUGAACUAUCUGGCAGAGCUGAGGGAGCACCUCAACUACGAUCAGCUCAUCAUCCCACCAGCAGUACUGAGGCAUGACGAAGAGCUCCGGGCUGCUCAGAAAGGAGGACCGCCCCCUCCAGCGAAGGUCCCGCCCCCAAGACCCCCUCUGCCCACACAGCAGUUUGGAGUGAGCUUACAGUACAUUCGAGAGAAAAACAACAACACAUUGAUACCCCCAGUAAUGUUUCAGACUGUGUCAUACCUCAAACUCAAAGGCUUGAAAACAGAAGGAAUCUUUCGAAGGUCAGCCAGAGUGCAGCUUAUCAAGGACAUCCAGAAACUCUAUAACCAGGGGAAGCCGGUUAUCUUUGACCAGUACUCUGAUGUGCACGUUCCUGCUGUGAUCUUGAAGACGUUUCUACGGGAGCUACCAGAGCCAGUGCUCACCUUCACUGUAUACAACCAGAUUCAAGAACUUACAAAGGUGGAGAGCAGCCUGAGGGUUUCCCGGUGCAAGAGGAUUAUGGAGUCCCUCCCAGAGCACAACUUCAUCGUUGUCAAGUAUCUCGUCUGCUUCCUGCAUAUGGUCUCACAGGAGAGCAUCAGUAAUAAGAUGAGUUCCUCUAAUCUGGCGUGUGUGUUCGGGGUGAACCUGGCCUGGCCUCCUCAGGGAACCGUGUCCCUCAGCGCUAUCUCUCCCCUCAAUAUGUUCACCGAGCUGCUCAUUGAGCACUAUCACACUAUCUUCAGCUCACGCUGCCCACCACAACAGGUACUCCCCUGAGCGGACUCUCAUCAGGCUCUGCUAGACCACCAGUACAACCCACAGUCUUGCCGAAUUGUUUUUGCUGUUAUUGUUAUUGAUUGGGUCUCCAAUAUGAAGUAUUGAUUCUGGAGGGCCUGACUGGGCGAGGGAUCAAGAGUCUCAGCAGGCCAGAACACUAACCAAUUGCAUUUGCAAGUAUUUUGUAUACUGUGUAUGUCUGAAAACUACAUUUGUAACAUACUGAAACACAUUUUUAUUCUGUAAAGUCUUUUAAUAUUGUGAAUAUUUUAAUUGCUUAGGACUUACUGUUCGCUUUUCUUUUAUACGACACUAACCAAGGAUUUGAUUGCGCCACGUUUAUUGUGAAAUAACAUUAAAAUGCAUUUACUGCACAGUAAUGCUA